AUGAUUUCGCACGGCCAGCACACGGAGGGCCCGGGUCCGGUGCUCGCAGGGUCCCCGCUCCGCCGCCCGCCUAGGGGCAGGGGCGCCAGCAGCGGGCCCAGCGAGCGCGGCGGCUGGUCGCAGGGCACCCGCUCCUCCACGCCGCGGACGGGGGCGAGGGAGGCCAGCCUGCCGCCGGGAGGGGAGCCGGGGAAGCAGUUGCCCCGAGCCCGAGACUUGCCCCCCCCGCGGUCGGCGACCGGCAGCGCUGCCUCCCCGUCCGCCAUUAGAGACCCAGCCAAACAAUACGUGAGGAGGAGAGCCGCGCAGCGCAGCGCCGGGCAGGGGAGCAGCGACGGGGGCCCCGCGGGCGCCAGGCAGCACCCUCGCCCCGAAAAACUUGGGGCCCUCGGGCCGCGGCGGACGGGCGGGAGCGCAGCCCGGCAGCGGGAGGGCGAACUGAGGCACCCCUCCCCCACCCUGCCCCCGCCGCGAAGAAAGGAAAAAUGCCCCGCGACCUCCCGCCGCCCCGGCCCCGCGGCCCCCGCCCCGGCGACCCCCGCCCCCGGCGCCGCCUCACCCAGCCCGCCCGGCCUCGCCCUCGCUCCCGCAGCCCUUCGGGCCGCACGCGAAGGCGCCUCUGACAUGAGCGGAGCCCGGCGCAGCCCCCGAGGCCCCGACGCGGCAGCGGCGACGGCAGCGCGCCGCGGGGGAUUAAUCCCGGGUCGGUGGGAGGCUCCGGAGGCUGCCCUCACCCAUCUCCGCCUCCCCAGUCGCCCCCGCCUCCGCCUCCUCCUCCGGAGGCUGCGCUGCGCCCAGCCACCCCCACUAUCGGCGGACCCGGACUGGAAAGACAGCGGGGCUAAGCCUCACCCGGUUCUGGCUGCGGCUCCGCGGAACGAACCUCCCCUCCCCCGGCCCACCCCCCUUCGGCAACACGCACAACUCCGCUCGGUCCAGUCCCGGGACCCCCCCUGGAGGGGGUGGUCCGAGAGGCUGUCCGUCAGGCGCAGGCCACGCCCCCGGCGUUUCCAUUCCACUCCCCCCGCCGCCCGCCCUCCGCUCUCAGCCGCGUCCGCUCCCUCCUUACCCCCGCCUCCUACCCCGCCCCCACCCCGGGUCCGUCAGGGUCAGGCAGCCCGAGCUGCGCUGCCCGUUGCACCGGCCGCGGGCUCGGCCCCUGGGGGACUGGGGACCCUCCGGGGCCCGGAACAGCCCGAGAGGCUGAGGCCGGGGCCGCCUGCCCUCGCUCGGGCCUGGGCGCCCGGGCCGCUGCGGCGGCUCCCAACGACCCUGCCCGAGGAGAGACGCGGCCUCGAUGUCCCCAACGCCCUCCCUGGCCAGUUCCUUGAAGCCCCCCGUGAGGGCCGAGCCCGGGAAGGGGCUGGAGCCAGGCAAAGUGGGAGGUUGGGUCAGCAGGUGAAGUGGAUUCCCGAACGCCCGGAGGAGAGUGGAAGCGCUUCCACCCUCGCCUCACCCCCGUGGGGAAUUGUCCCCCCACCUCCCGUCAUGGCUGCUGGAGGAGACGACGUCCUCCAUUUUGUCGGGACUGCUGUGGGAACUUGGGACCAGUUCAAACGCAAACCCCGUGGGGCUGGGAAACUUGUCCCCGGGAAGCCCCAACUGGACUCCGCCAUUCGGCCCAAGGGGACAGCCCCUGCCUCCAGCGUCUGCAUCCGAGGGGCCCUGGGGCACAGGCGCGACGGCGGGGAGACCCGGACGCCGCUGCCCGCCUCCAUCAACCAAGAUGGAGGAAGCUGCGGGCGCCCCUGGAGCUGGGCUCCCGCCUGUUGGAAGGCCGGAGCCUCCCCUCGGUGUGUCCCUCGGCGCUGCCGUCCUCCUGCUCCGCAGCCUCUCUCGCUCGCCCUCCCUCAGCCUCCACCCAGCCUCUCCACCGCCUUCCACCCUCUGCUGGUCCUCAACGAUUGA